AUGGCUCUGGGCAACCUCACAUCCCCCCCAGAGUUCCUCCUCCUGGGCUUGAUGGAUGGUCCAGACGCUCACCCACUGUUGUUCCUGCUCUUCCUCGGUGUCUAUCUGCUCAAUGCCCUGGGCAACCUGAGCAUGGUGGUGCUGGUGAGGUCGGAUAGAGCCCUGUGCGCCCCCAUGUACUACUUCUUGGGUCACUUGAGCCUUGUGGAUGUCUGCUUUACUACGGUCACAGUCCCCCGAUUGCUGGCCGUCCUGCUCCACCCCGGGCAGGCUGUGUCCUUCCAGGCAUGCUUUGCCCAGAUGUACUUCUUCGUGGCUCUGGGCAUCACGGAGAGCUACCUCUUGGCCGCCAUGUCGUACGACCGUGCGGUGGCGGUGUGCUGGCCGCUGCGCUACGGCGCGGUGGUGACGCCGGGGCGCUGCGCGGCGCUGGUGGCGGCCUCCUGGGCCGUGGCGCACCUGCACGCGCUCCUCCACACGCUGCUCAUCGCCGCGCUCUCCUACCCCCGCUCCGCGCCCGUGCGCCACUUCUUCUGUGACAUGACCGUCAUGCUGAGCUUGGCCACCUCGGACACGUCCACGGCCGAGGCUGCCAUCUUCUCCGAGGGCCUGGCCGUGGUGCUGAGCCCGCUGCUCCUCGUGUCCCUCUCCUACGCGCGCAUCCUGGCGGCGGUGCUGGGCGUGCGCUCGGCAGGAGGCCGGCGCCGUGCCUUCUCCACCUGCGGGGCCCACCUGGUGGUGGUGGUGCUUUUCUUUGGCUCCGUCCUCUCCGUGUAUUUCCGGCCAUCAGCGGCCUACUCCGCUCGCUACGACCGCCUGGCCAGCGUAGUCUACGCCGUGGUCACCCCGACCCUGAACCCCUUCAUCUACAGCCUCAGAAACAAGGAGGUCAAGGGCGCCCUGAAGAGGGGGUUCCGCCGCAGUGCUGCCUCCCAAGCAGCAUAA